AUGUCAUAUUCCCCUUCUGCUUCGUUGUCCCACAGAAAAUUAUGGCAAGGAGCUUCUUCCAACCCCAAAGCUCAUCCUCCGAAGUGUACACCUAGGCUCAUGCCUCGUGACCAAUUUGCGAUAUGUCGUCCACUACAGUCAAUUCGUGACUCAGCGGUUACUCAUGCAUUCCAUUCUUUUUCUUCUGCUUCUCGUCCUGCUCGUCCUGCUAUUCCUUCUACCUCUCAUCCUGCCUCCGUAACUAAAUCUUCUAUUUCUCUUCCUGAAACCCUUCCAUCCCUUCCCAUUCAGCCUGUAUCUGUGUGCGCCCUUGAACCGCAUACGAAUUUCCCCCAUACUGCUCCCAUAUCUGCUUCCGGGUCACUAGAGCGUUGCAUAUGGAGCAGUCAAAUUGCGCCAAAUGAUAAGGAUUCUCGUGUUUUAAAUGAAAAAUUACAGCAUGAAGAGGGUGCCGGGCCUUCUGAGGAGUGCAUCGCUUUUGAAUCAGAACUUUAUCGAGAAGUUGAUGAGAUGGACGAUAUUUCUAUUUUUCGCGAGGAAGACGACAAAGAAAAUCGACCCCAUAACAGCGAAACUUUUGAUCCAUGGGCAAAUCUUUUCUGA